AACGCGAGUAUAGGCCACCGUGAAAUGUACAACUACACGAAUCGGAACUGACCGACAUUUAAUCGGUCCUGCCUGGCUUGUCAAUUGUGCUCCGCAGCAGCUACCAUGCCAUAGGUGGAGCGAGCCAAGAACACUGAGCUGCUGACCAUGGUCUUUCGUGUCCUGGUUUUCAAUUAGUGGCUCGGCAGAGGCAGGAUGGGGUCGACAGCGAGCUACGUGGUCAAGGACAAGGCGGCUAAGCAAAACUGCGCUUCGCAACCCGAGGGCAAUGCCAAAGGCCAAACACCUGCUGCGACCAAAGAAAAGACACCGGCAGCGCCCCCUGCGACAACUGAGAAGGCGGCCCUGAAACGACAAGUCGGGCUUGGAAGUGCAGUAGCCCUUAUUAUUGGAAGUAUCAUUGGCUCAGGAAUUUUCGUCACACCUAGCUCCGUAUUCAGAAACUCUGGCUCCAUUGGUGUAGACCUGCUGGUGUGGGUUGUUUGUGGAAUCUUAAGCAUCAUAGGCGGACUGUGCUACGCGGAGCUGGCGACGCUGCUGCCGGCAUCUGGCGGAGACUAUGCGUACCUGACGGCUGCUAGCAAAGUCCUGGGUCGCUUCGGCGACGCGGUGCCUUUCCUGCAGAUGUGGUGCUACUCUCUGGUCCUGGAUCCAAUGAGCGCCGCACUGCAGGGUCUCACCUUCUCGAGCUACGCGCUCAGCGUCAUCUACCCUACCUGCGAAGCACCUUACGAGACGACCGUGCUUGUCGCGUUGAGCUUCACCACCCUGGCAACAGCUGUAAACUGCUUCUCUGUGAAGACAUCUGCGAGAGUUCAAGACAUCUUGUCCAGCAUCAAGUGCCUCAUUUUGAUAUCAGUCAUUAUUACUGCCGCAGUAUUCGCUUCCACUACUACCCGGAACAAUUUUGAAGGUGAAGGAAUAUUCAACAAGCCUGAGUCUGCGAGCCGACUCGUCCUGGCAUUUUACGGUGCACUCUUCUCCUACGGAGGCUGGAAACAGGUAUGCCUAAUCGCCGAAGAGGUCACCGAGCCGAGCAAGAACAUUCUAAGGGCCGCCCUGAUCGGCAUCCUAACGGUGACCGCUAUUUACGUGCUCACCAACGUGGCCUACUUCGUCGUUCUGGACCCGUACACCUUCGCGAGCUCCGAAGCGAUCGCCGUGUCCUUCACCGCCGCAACGUGGGGAGUCAAAGCCGCUGGCGUCAUACCGGUGGCCGUCUCCAUAAGCACCUUCGGUACUCUCUGCGCUGGCUUCUUCAGCUCCGCGCGCGUCAUCCUAGCAGCGUCCAGACAGGGACACCUGACACCCAUCUUCUCCUGCAUCACCGUCCAGUCAUCCACGCCGGUGGCUGCGAUCAUGCUGCGCGGAACCCUGGCCCUGGCAUUCACGUUCAUCGGUUCCGUGUCGUACAUCGUCGAAGCAUCCGUGUUCCUCGACAACAUGUGGGAGAUCGUGGUGCUCCUGUGCCUGUUCGGCCUCCGGCGCACCAUGAAGGACGCCCACAGACCGUACGCCGUUCCGCUGCCCCUGGCGGUCAUCAAGUUCCUCGUGUCGAUCGCGCUGUUCGUGAUCCCCUUACUGCGACCAGCAGACUACGUGCAGUACGUGGUCAUCCUAGCGAUGUUGGUGGCCGGUGGUGUGUACUACGUCGUGUUCGUGGCGUUCGCGUGCAGUGUUCCAGGAACGAAAUCCAUCACGCGGUUCCUCCAGAAAGUUCUGCUUUCGGCGCCCUGCACGAACGAUCUGGAGAUCAUGUUGAAAGAGAAGAUGUGAUAGACGUGUGUUUGUGUUGUGAAUGACGGCGAGCGUUAUUGUUCGUGAAUGGUCUUGUAGGUGUCAGUACACUAAGGCGACUGUUUGAGCAUGUUGAUAAGACGUAUAGUGUCACGUGGUUGUGAGAGCGAAGAAGGCUGCAACAAGACUCGUACAUACGAAACUCUUCACUGGGCCAACUUGUUCCCGAAAAACGAAAGGUCAAAGUACGGAAUCACACUUGUCAAGAGCCCCCAGCCGGCCGCUUCAACUGUUCUUUUCUGCAGAAAUAUGCAAAGACCGACGCCGUAAUGAUACCUAACAUAGCCAAACUGCAUGUUAGUUCCUUGUGCUAUAAUUCAAGCUCGAACGGAAGCUUGUAGCUAACGUGAGGUAGCAGCUGCAGACAACAACAGCGUCCACAGCCACGCGCUCGACAAUUGUGCUUCUGUCUGUACAAGCAGUUCACGCUGUACACUGAUAGCGGCGAGGCCUCGGCCGUCGAGUAAUCUGAUCACCGGAGGAACGCGUCGUCCUUAAUACAUCAGUCAUCGAACCUUCUAGCGUUAUUGCUGGUGCUCGCGUAAGUUCUCGAAUAAACCUGACUAUUCGCGCCCUGCGCGUAAUUAACAGAAUGAUCUCAAACAACCUUUGAAGGUUCCCGGACACUGCGGCGCGGUCUGCGCCAAGCAUUGCUAACAGUGUUUCCGGGUGAAAACAUACACCAAAAUAAAGCAAUAAACGCGCGUGGCAAUAGAUAAUAUUAUCUGGAGUUUUGCGUGCCAAAAUCACGAUAUGAUUAUGAGGCACAUCAAAGUUGAGAGCUUCGGAAAUUUCGACCAUCAGGUGUUAUAUUUCGCGUGCACUGACAUCGCACGGAACACGGACCUCUAGUAUUCCGCCUUCCAUCAAAAUGCCACCACCGCGACCGGGAUCGAACCCGCGACCUUCGGUUCAGCAGCCGAGCACCGUAACCACUGUACCACCGAUGCGGACUGUACUGUCAUUUGAGAUUCUUGAUAACGUAGUACGGGUAUAUUUUUCGUCAGGAUUGCCCCGUUGGCCAACACUUCGCUUGGAAGGUCAAACCUCCUGCUAAGCUUCGCAACAACACGACAACCUUCUGGCCUGCUUUGAAUAUCCUUGGCCUGCUUAACGAUACAUUCGUGCGUGCAACAUGCGAGGCCAUGUUCUACGCCCCAGCGCGAUCAGCGGAAGCUGCGAGCGGCGCCCUUGCGUGCCAUGUUUACUCGCCUACAUCCAAAUUGACUAAUAUGGCAAGCGUAGGCUAAUGUUGGUUAAUGUUGACUACUUAAUUUGUUUUUUUUUUUACUUUUUUUCAUUGCUCUUGCCCACACGCCAUGCAUUACGUUGUCCUCCAUCUGUAAAAUUGUACAUGGUGGAAAUAAA